UCCUUCAUUGUAAGUUCUCUGCUAAAUUUUCAAAUUUCUGGAACUCUCUUAACCCUACUUUGGUGUCUCUCCUGAAAAUUAUAAAACCCUCUUGAGCAGUUCCGAAUUUUAAUGGCUUGCUGUAACAAGUCCUUAAUAUCUUCUUUCAAUCGAGAAUGAGUAGACGCCCCUUGAGAUUUAAAUUUCUUCGAAGGAAGUCCUCUCCUCGGUACUUCCAAAGUAUCUCCUCUAAAUCUCGAACCUUCCUUCUUAUCACUUCAGAAUGGUCGUGACUUGGUUUUAGAGAUGUUUUCCAAUUCAAACCUGAAUCUAAAAGUACUUCUGUUCAUAUUCUUCGCAAUAUUAGGAGACAGUCUGACCUUCUCCACAGAGACGUCUUCUCCAAGGAGUUCUUGAGAUAAAUUCUCUUCACAGUGAAAUAAUUUGUUCAUG